ACAACACUCACUAAAACAACUCCACAUGGAGAGAUGGUACAAAUACAGAGAAUCUCUGAUGAGGAUUCACUGUUUGAACUGGUCUAUUUUGACUCCACUGGUGAACUGUCUGUGAUCCGUGUGGCCUGUUCCAAUGCAGAGAAAGAACCUAGUUCGAAUAGUCACCCAAGAGCUUUGAAAGAUCUACAGUUCAGACCCAGAACCAAUCAACUAAACACAGUUAGUCCUGAAAGAACAACAAGUGCCUUCACUACCACUGAUCCUCCUACUGUAAAGUCCACCAAACAUAUUUCCAUGGAGACUUUAAUAAGCAUGAGAAAAAAUCUGACUACAACCACGGAGGCUCUUGAUAGAACUCUUAUUCUCACUAAUAACACUCCAGCUGUGACUUUUGAUGCUCAAAAAACAACCCCUGACACUGCAUCUGUGAAAUCUGAAGUUCCUGGUACAAUCUCUCAUAACAUUAGCAGCACCCUAUCUGCAACAUCUAAGGUUUCCAGGACCACCAUUAAACCCACCAGUAACACCAUAUCUUUGAUAUCACACUCUUCUGGUUUGACUCCUUAUACAAUCACUGGCACUUCAACUGUGACUUCUGAGACUCCAGGUGUGACCCAUGUCCCUAUCAGUGGCACUCAAUCAGUGACCUCCGAAACUCAAGGUGUGACCCAUGUUCCCACCAGURGCUCCCAUCCUGAGACCUCUGGAAAUCCAAGUGCGACCCAUGUCACUAUCAGUAGCACUCAAUCUGUGACCUCGGAAACUCCAGGCGUUACCCAUGUCCAUACAAGUAGMACUCAAUCUGUGACCUCUGAAACUCCAGGUGUGACCCAUGUCCCUACCAGUAGCACUCAAUCUGUGACCUCUGGAAUUCUAGGUGUGACCCAUGUCCAUACAAGUAUCACUCAACCUGUGACCUCUGGAAUUCCAGGUGCGAUCCAUGUCCCUACCAGUAGCACUCAAUCUGUGACCUCGGAAACUCCAGGUGCGACCCAUGUCCAUACAAGUAGCACUCAACCUGUGACCUCUGGAAUUCCAGGUGCGAUCCAUGUCCCUACCAGUAGCACUCAAUCUGUGACCUCUGGAAUUCUAGGUGUGACCCAUGUCCAUACAAGUAGCACUCAACCUGUGACCUCUGGAAUUCCAGGUGCGAUCCAUGUCCCUAUCAGAAGCACUCAACCUGUGACCUCUGGAAUUCCAGGUGCGAUCCAUGUCCCUAUCAGAAGCACUCAACCUGUGACCUCUGGAAUACCAGGUGUGAUCCAUGUCCCUAUCAGAAGCACUCAACCUAUCAACCCAACCCUGUAA